GUCAUUGCUGCUUUUGCCAAAUCAGAUGAGAAAUCCAACUUUUUCUUGUAUACGCUUCCUAGGCUGUCUCCAAUCCGGAAUCGGAUGAUUUCUGCUGAUCAUUCUUCCCAUUCAGAAAUCCCCUGCAACUUUGGACUGAAUUGUUCCUGGGUUCCAUCUGCCAAUGCUUCUGGAAAACCAGACUGGUUCCUGUCUUCAGUUGUUGCUCUGACUUCUCAGGGUAACCAACAGAUCAUGGAGAACAGUUCAUCCAACAGAGACCAAGAAGGGGAUAUUCUUCUUCUGAACAUUAGCAGGAUCUCAGAUAGGUGCAUAUUCAGCCUCCACAGCCCUAUCCUGCCUUGGAGCUCCAGUUCCUGUCUCUUAGAGCUUGCUGUGUAUUCAUGGGACACCAGUCUAGAAGGACUCUCUGCUGAAACUCGAUAUGUGGACACCAAUCAGAGUUUUCCCAUCCAUUUGCAAGAAGGACAUGAACAACAUUCUUGGGUGACAUGGAAAGUGCUGAUAGGUUCGGUGGGACAAAUGGAAAAGCCCUUUGAGCUCACUUUGCUGCAUUCGAGCUGCGGGGAAGAGAGUGCCGGGCUGUUGGCACUGGGCUCUUUGCAACUCAAAAACUGCUUUCAUGGCAAAGAAGGUCCUCAUCUUUCCAAAUAUGACCUGGGCUCCACUGUCCCCUGCCCACACGGGGGUUGCAUCAGCCACCUGCACACCUGCGAUUUCGAGAGCGAUUGCCCCACCAGAGAGCUUGGUGAAUCAGCCUGUGACAGUCUACCAUGGGGGGCACAUUGUUCUUUCGAGGAAGGUUCCUGCGGCUGGAUGUUAGAAGGCAAUGGGACUUUUUCUUGGUCUAUUGCUGGUUUUUCAAAGGAGCGUAACAGUCAGCUUGGAGAAUCUGUCUUACACACCACUAGAGGUCACUUUCUGUAUCUCCAUAUAGAGAGUGAUCAUACAGGUGGCGCCACUCAGACACGUAGUGCUUCUCUCCCAGCCAAUCUCACCAGAGGAGACUAUCAGGUCCAAUUCUCAGUGUACAUUUUUGGGAAUUACAAUGGCACUGUGUUACUUACUGUCGAAGAAGAAGACACCGUAGGAAUCAAUACCACCCCAGUGGUGUGGGAAAGAACAGGGAGCUGGAGUGAUCACUGGUUUCUCAUAAGUCUGGAAAUGCCCAGACUGCAGAACAACUUUCACCUGCAGCUCCUAGCUACUUGGGGCUGGAAUUCACAAGCUGAAAUUGCCGUGGACAACAUCACCUUUGGACUGGACUGCUUCCCCAGUGGAAGAAGACAGAGUCACACUGAUGAAAAGCAGCACUACCCAUGGGAAAGUCUUAGACUGGAUGAGCCCCUUUCUUUAGGGGAGGGGCGUGCUAGUCCGUGGUGGUUUUCAUCCUGCGGGGCGAGCGGCCCCCGAGGGCCAACUCAGGCGCAGUGCGAUAGCGCGUAUCGCAACACCAACGUUUCCGUGACUGUGGAAAAAGAGGGGCAGCUACGAGGGGUGCAAGUGUGGAAGGUGCCAGAAUCCAACCGGUACACGAUUUCAGCAUAUGGAGCAGCUGGAGGGAAAGGAGCCAAGAACCACAAUAUGCGAUCUCAUGGUGUCUUUAUUUCAGCCAACUUCCAACUUGAGAAAGAUGAGCUCCUCUACAUCUUGGUGGGGCAACAAGGAGAAGACGCCUGCCCAGGGAGAAACUCUCAGACUAAGCAGAUCUGCCUGGGAGAAUCAUCAGAGAUUGAAGAGGAGUACAAGAAAGAGAAGGGACUGACCGAAUGGGCUGGAGGGGGGGGCGGAGGUGGAGGCGCCACGUACGUCUUUAGAUGGAAGGACGGGGCCUUUGAACCUUUGCUCGUUGCAGCAGGAGGUGGAGGGAAAGCUUACUUGAAAAAUCAGGAUGGUCCCCUUGAUGAAGUCUUCUUGGAACAGUUCGUGAACAGCACAGCAGUACCUGGAGUCAGUGGGAGAACCGGGGCAGCAGGUGGCGGUGGCGGUUGGGACGAUACCACCCAGUUUCCUUGGACCGGACGAUCACUUCUAGAGGGCGGAGAAGGUGGUGCAGCUUGCCACCAAGCCCUGGAGAAGCUUCAGUGGGCUACCUCUGGUGGCUUUGGUGGUGGUGGAGGAGCUUGUACAUCUGGUGGUGGAGGUGGAGGCUACAAGGGUGGUGAUGCCUCCAAAAAGGAUGACCUCACCGCUGACGGACGCCAUGGUGUUUCCUUUGUGAAUCCGGUUGGGGAGAUCUUUCUGAGCCCCCUGGCAGUUAUGGAAAGCCAUGGCGAAGUAGUGAUUGAAGUAUACUUGAAUUGCAAUCACUGCCAAUCUGGGAUCUGCAAGCAAAAUCCUGACACUCACCUACCAACCUGUAUUUGUGCAGUCGGGGCCAUCUUGGCUAGCGACAAUGUGUCAUGCACAGCAAUCCUCCGUGGGCCCAUCCCAGAAGGACCGCUGCCUCUCCCACUCCUGCUGGCCGUGAUUGCUGUUGCCGUGGUGCUCGGAAUGGCUCUCACAUGCGGCAGCCUGUCAGUCGUUUAUCAUCGCAAGCAGCGACAACUCGAAGGGGCCAGGGCCCGCCUGCAAAGCCCAGAAUAUAAUCUGAGCAAAAUCCGCACUUCGACCAUCAUGACAGAUUAUAAUCCCAACUACAGCUUUGCUGGGAAGGCUGCCACACUCAGCGAGCUUAAGGAGAUCCCACGGAAGAACAUCUCUCUGCUGCGGGCCCUGGGACAUGGGGCGUUCGGUGAGGUUUACGAAGGAACGGCGGCAGGAAUCACAGGAGACCCCAGCCCUCUGCGCGUGGCAAUCAAGACAUUGCCAGAAAUCUGUUCUGAGCAGGAUGAGAUGGAUUUCCUAAUGGAAGCCCUGAUAAUCAGUAAGUUCAACCACCAGAACAUUGUGCAGUGCAUUGGGGUAAGCCUCCAGACCUUGCCUCGCUUCAUCCUGUUGGAGCUCAUGACCGGCGGAGACAUGAAGAGCUUCCUUCGGCAGAAUCGACCUCGGGUGAAUCAGCCGUCCAUGUUGACAAUGCAGGACUUGCUCAAUAUAGCUAGAGACAUUGCUUGUGGGUGCACGUAUCUUGAGGAAAACCACUUCAUUCACAGAGAUAUUGCGGCAAGAAACUGCCUUCUGACUUGCACUGGACCUGAGCGAGUGGCCAAAAUCGGGGACUUUGGAAUGGCUCGAGAUAUCUACAGAGCAAGCUACUAUCGCAAAGGAGGAAGAGCCAUGCUCCCAGUCAAGUGGAUGCCCCCAGAAGCUUUCCUGGAAGGAAUCUUCACAUCCAAAACUGACACCUGGUCCUUUGGAGUGCUGCUCUGGGAGAUCUUCUCCUUGGGCUACAUGCCGUACCCUUGCAAAACCAACCAGGAAGUGCUAGAGUUUGUUACCAGUGGAGGGCGAAUGGAUCCACCAAAGAACUGCCCUGGGCCAGUUUACCGGAUCAUGACACAGUGCUGGCAGCAUAGUCCUGAGUACCGACCCAACUUCUCCACCAUUCUGGAAAGAAUCAAAUACUGCACACAGGAUCCUGAUGUGAUCAAUACAGAGCUGCCCAUCGAAUGCAGCCCAACAGCAGAGGAUGAGGGAAACGCCGUGCUGCAUGCAAGCGGUUCCACUGGGAUGGUUCCUUUGCGCGGGAGCCCUUCCGUCACACCUCCAGCGAACCCCACGGCACUGGAAGGCUGUAAUUCAGGGAACAAACCUGGGCAAUGCCCGCAGGAGCUGCUGGUGGAGAACCUGGGUGACUGGGCCACCAAAGGACCAGGCGUGCCUUGCUGCAGCAACCCCAGCAGCGAAGCAUGGGCUCAGCCAGCCCUAAGCCAGAAACUCGAUUCCACCAGUCAGCCUGCACACAAGUUGAAGAAUAAAACCAAAAACCUUUGGAACCCAACGUAUGGGUCCUGGGUCCUAGAGAGCAUUUGCCAGCCCAGUUCCAGCUCCAAACUUAACCCAGCACAAGAGCGAGAAGAUUCGGGGUUUGAUGGGACCUGCAGCUCCUCUCCUAGUUCUCGGGCGUCACCUUCAUCUCCAAGCCAAAGCCAUUCUCCUCACAUCGAUAUUGCUGGGAUUGAACUGGUGAAGCUACAGACUUUCCCCUGUGGCAAUGUGAACUACGCUUACGAUGAUCUCUGCUACGAAACAGGUCAGCCUUUGCCUUUGGCAGCCGAGUCCGGCCCAGUCUUGAGGAGUGCCAGUCUGCACAGAAAUGGCAAGCUUCCCUCUAAGCCAGAAAAAACCUCGAGAGAGAGAGACUCUGGCCUCUCUUUGUCCGAUGACCUGAGCGUUACACCUGUAUAA